AUGGACAAGGGGCCCGCAGCCCCGGUAGGCGGCCCGGCGGAGUCUUCGAGCUCGGAGAACGGACGGCGGUUCGCACGGGUCACGCCGUGGCUACUCCUGGGCCCCGCGCGCGUCGCCGCGGACUCGGAGCUGCUGGCACGCGAGCACAUCACGUUCUGCGUCAACGUGACCCGGCAGCAGCCGUGCCCGAGCGCACCGGGCGUGCGCACUAUGCGCGUGCCCAUCUUCGACGACCCUGCAGAGGAUCUGCUGGUCCACUUGGAACCCUGCUGCGCCGCCCUGGAGGCAGCCGCGCGCGCCGGCAGUACGUGCCUCGUGUACUGCAAGAAUGGCCGCAGCCGUUCCGCCGCCGUGUGCACCGCCUACCUCAUGCGGCACGGUGGACUCAGCCUGCAGCAGGCCUUCCAGGUGGUGAAGAAUGCCAGACCUGUGGCAGAGCCCAACCCAGGGUUCUGGGCUCAGCUGCAGAAAUAUGAGGAAGCCCUCCAGAAAGGGCCGCCCCGGACCCCCAGCAACUUCUGAGACAGGCUCAGGGGCCACGGAAUGGACUCAAGCCAGGACGUCUGGAUCCUCAAUUAGAUUACUUGGGCAACUCACUCACUUCUAGUCUCUUGGCCUCAACGUCUCUGUCCAAGGAGCAGGUGAUGGUUCUUUUCAAGUCUGA